AUGCAAGAAUAAGUAGAUUAAAUAAGAGAAGAUUACAAAAUCAAAACAGAAGGAAUAAUAUAAAAUAUGUAAUAAGCAAUAGAUGUAUAAUAAUUAUUUAAUAAAUAGGAAUCAUUCAAUAGAAUUGAUGCAUAACUUGAUCAAAUUCUUAAUGAUAAAUUUAAUUUUAUUUAGAUAUCACCAUCUUAAUUAUAAUCAGAUUUACCAAAAAUUAAUACUUUAAUUCAAUUUUAAAAUUAAGAUUAUUAAAAAUAAAUCAAUUAAGAAGUGACUUCUUUAAUCAAAACUAAUAUUCAAAAAGUAUUUUAAAAGAAGGAUCAAUAUUAUUAAAAUUAAUAAAAAGAAAAUCAAAUUAAAUGGGAAAACUAAAUCUAAGAAAAAGAUUAAUAAUUUAUAAAUAAAUAAACUAUUCAAUAAUCAUCAAUAUCUACUUAAUUCAAUCUUAAACCAUUCACUUAUUAAUUAAUAUAACAAAACUCUAUUAAAUAAUAUGAACGGUGUUUUGCAAUUGCUGUUAAUUAAGAUUGUUCUAUAUUAGUUGCUGGAUGUUCAAAUUAAAUUAAAGUAUUUGAAUUUUAAUAAGCAAUUAUGAAGUAAGUUUAACUUUUAAGUGAACAUAGUAAUGAUGUUGCUACUUUGAAUUUUAUGAAGAGAUCAGAUUAGUUUAUAUCUGGAAGUGAUGAUAAAUAGAUUAUUAUUUGGAAAAGAAAUCAAAAUAAUUCAUGGAUUUCUUAAUAAAAAUUGAAUGGACAUACAAGUUAUAUCAGAUGUUUAAUAAUAAAUAAUAAUGAAGAUCUUAUUGUGUCUGGCAGUUAUGAUAACACAAUUAAAUUCUGGUAGAAAUAGAAUGAAUGGAUUUGUUCAUAGACAAUUACAGAUCAUAAUGAUGGUGUAUAUGGAUUAAGUUUAAAUGAAUAAUAAAAUAGAGUGAUAUCUUGUGGGAAUGAUUAAUUUAUAUUAGUAAUAGAAGAAUAGAAUAAAUAAUGGAUUGUAAUAUAAAAGAUUACAGUAGAAACAAGAGGAUUUAGAUUAUGUUAUAUAGAUAAUAAUACAUUCACAUUCUAACCUAAUGGAAAAGAGUACAUGCAUGUAUUUGAGAUGAAUAGCACAAAUAAAUAGUAUACCAAAACUAAAGAUAUUCCUGUUAAAGGUAGUUCGGAUCAUUAUUUCUUUCCUUAAUAAUAUAUAAAAUCAAAAUGUAUCCUUGUGAAUAAGAAUGCUUCAAAUGUGAAUUUAAUAAGGAAGAAAUAAAAUGGUGAGUUUAUUAUUGAGUAAUCUAUUGACUUUGGAACUGGAACUAUUUUUGGAUAUAUGACUGAUGAUGGUCAGUAUUUGAUUACUUGGGAUUAUUAAACAAAAGAAUAUCAGAUAAGGAAAUAUUAGGAAUUAUGA